GGUCAGAUUGAAAGUUCGAAGUUUAUUCGGAGAAGAAAGUAAAAUUUUGAAAAUCUUGUUCUGUGUAAAGUUUAUGGCGGUUGAAAUUUGUACCGAUGCACUGUAGAGGUCACUGAGCUUGACUUUUCGCUUUACAGUUACACACAACUCACAGCAAGGAGGUUGCAAACUUUCAAAAACAAUCACGAUUUGUCAAAUAAGAUUUCGAUGACAGUUCUGUAAGAAAUAAUAGACUUUCUGUACUACUCAAAAAUGUCAGACAUUGGAUCUAACAUUAUCAACGAGUAUUUAAUUUUAAAAAGGAUCUUUUCUCAUCUUCUACCCAAAGAUUUACUCUCAGCUUCUUUGGUCUGCAAGGAUUGGCAUACAGUUGCCAAACGAGUCCUACAAGAAUUUGGAGGCCCAUUGGGUUACGUAUGGGACCCGAAAGAAAACUGGCCCAAUUUCAACAGGCAGAUCCUUCCAAAAGUCAUUUUGCAUUUUGACAUUUUCAAUGAGGGUAAAAUAAAUGAAAAUACUGAACUCAUCACAUUGGAAACAGAAAAGAUCAUAUUUAAACUUAAAGAAAAUUACCCCCUUUACUACAAGUUCUACACAACAAGCAAUCGAUGUUUUAUCGGAAGCAAUUUCAGCAAUAAGACACACAAUAAAAUAGACACAAAAACAGGUUCAGAGCUCAAUGCUCUACAAUCAGUCUUAUUGUUAAAUGACAGUCCUGGUUGUACUAUUAAAACAUUUGAAAUAACUUCAAAAAGUGACCUGAAGAAAGAGGUUAUAAACAAAUUCCAAUCAAGAGAUAUCAAAGGGAUUAUCUUGAUUGGCAACUUCAUACCCAAUUUUCAAAAUUCGAUGAAAACACUUUUCAAAGGGCUAGAAAGGCUCAACGCUCCAUUGGCAGGAGGCAGAUGCUAUUCUUUAUUUCGGGUCGAUGAUGUAUCUAGAAUUGACAAUAAGGAAACAAAUGAACUAACUAAUAUUGAAAUAUUGGGGAUUACGUUCGAAGGGGAAAAUGUUACAACCAAUUCAGCCGUACAUAAACUCAAAAUGGACCACGAUAAGUUUUUAAAAGAGUUUUCUGAAGAGGUAGGACCGAGACCGGACAAUAGUACAAGGAUAGCAUUUUUAUUUGUUUGUGUAGACAGGAUUGAUAUAUUUUCUGAAGAAUACGAGUGGAAAUUGUUGAAAAAAUACUUUCCUAAUGUACCAGUUUAUGGCUUUUUUUGCUAUGGUGAAUAUUUCUUGAAAGGAAAAGAAAAUCAGACCAGCCCUUUACCCAAGAAAAGGAAAGUAUACAAUCAGAAUCCAGAUGCCUUCUAUUAUCAGAGUACUUCAUAUCUUAUCGUAACUAUAAAAAAUCAUUUGUAAAUAAUUUUUAAUUUUUUUUAACAAUCUUCUGUAUAUAUAU